AUGGCUGUUACCCGCCGAGGUUAUAUUUUUGGUGCAUUUGUGUCGGGUGUUACUGGUGUUCUGUUCAUUGUUGUUGCAUUGGCUAGUGAUAGUUGGGUGGUGUCAACGUUAAGAGUUCCGAGUCAGCAAGCAGCAAGCAAUAUUAGAUAUGGCUUAUUUGGAGGAGAACUCACUUUGCGAGAAAUGGCCACACCUCAAAUGCAUCCAUUGCAUAUGACAUGUGCAGUCGAUGUGAAUGCAUGCGCUGUGAGCUGCAAGACAGAGCGUGAAUCCAGAUUAGUUGAGGUACGAGCUCUGGCCAAUGGCUAUCGGCCCACAGCCGCCUGCGGUGGAACCACUGAAGUCGACACCAGCAACCCAUUGGAUACCACACCGGUGAUCUCAUUUGCGUUCUACGUGAUCCUGACAACAUUGCUUGUCAUUGACCUGGUAUUGGGUGUGGCAGCAGCUGGUCUGGCAAUCUUGAACGCUACUAAAAAUCCCACGGAACCAGUGUUUGGAUUACCUGGAUGUCUUUGGACCAACGUAGCGGCGGCCUUAGUGGGGAUAACGGUGAUGUUAAUGUUUGGCAUAUAUUGGUUAACGUCAGGACUGAAUGAACACUUGGCUAUAUCAUAUAUCGCUUUGGGAUUAUUCACACCAGAAGCAGGUCUUGGAUUUUCUUAUUGGUUGUUACUAGGUGCUUGUCUCUGUUUCAUAGCCAACGUGGUCCUCAUCCAAACAAGAGCAUACUUCUUGGAACGAGAUCCUACACAUUCUUUCAUCAAUAUUCACGAAUCCUCUGAUACAACAGUUGGUAUAUACUGA